AUGCACGGAAAAUUUGAUGAAAAUGUAAACCUAGAGACCUUUGAUUCUCCAGAGAAGAAUUCUGUUCCCAUGCUUGAGUAUAAGAAAGGAAUAGAUGCAAUGAAUACAGAUGACUCUCAGCUUCAGGAGCGGAAAGAUCUUGAAGGAAGUGUUCAAAAAGAAUCGGACGUACGGAGAAAUGAGAAUAAGUCAAACUACAUUAUUGGAACUUUGGUCAUGGUGACUUGAGUCCUUGUUCUUACUUUGAAGCAUACCUUAAUCAGAAUGAUGUCUUUUGCCAGUCCGUAUAUCUCAGUCUACGAUAUAAUUUUCUUCAGAGGACUAGUGAUGGCUAUUUUUAGCUCCUGAUUCUCUUUAGCAUCCAAAUCAUAUAAACAGGUUCCCGGACUACCAAAGAUAGCGCUGUUCUUUAUAAUCUUGAGAUCUUUUCUAGGAGUGAUAAAUUAUUCUUCAGAGAGUUACACUGUGGCCAGGCUUCCACUUUCAAAGUCAACUCUGAUCUUUAGCUGCAGUGCGAUCACUUGAGCAUUAUUAGCUUGGGUCUUUUUAAGAGAACGUUUUGGAUGGACAUAUGUGAUCUGAUUGAUUGGAGGAAUUUUAGGUGUUUAUGUACUCUCCAUGAGUAAGGAAGAUACUCAUAAGCAAGGAGGUGUGUCUGCAUACUUCACUGCAAUUAUUGCAGUUUGGGCAACUGGAGCAUCUGUUGUGGCUUCACGUCAGCUUAACAUCUACAAAGUGCAUUUUAGCCUGUUUGGCACUUCCAACGGAAUACAUUUCGUUGUUGCGACAAUCAUCUGUUCUUUCAUAUUCGAAGACGUGUUUCACUUUGAAAUGUACACAGGUUAUGACAUUUUCAUGCUCAAUCUGCAUGCUGCUUGAGGAUGUGCUUUCAUGGCCACUUACUAUGUAGCCACCCAGUACAUGGAAGCCAUUUAUGUAGGACCGAUAAGGAACUUGGAGAUAAUGUUCACCAUCUUCAUUGACAUCUUCGUGUUCAAUUACUCAUUCACUGGGGACGAUAUCUUAGGGAUGUCAAUACUUGCUAUCUGAAUCGCCAUUUUGUUGCUUGUAAAGUUUAUAUAG